UUACAGAUAUCUGAUGAUGAUCGAAUGAGUUUAACGACUGCCGUCUCUGACGAAGAUGACGGGGAAAGUGUCAUGGCGUCACCAUAUAAAGCAAAAGCAACCGGAACAGCUGCAUCAUCAUUUAAUUGUACUGGUGCUGUACGUAAAGCUGGAUUUUUAUCAGUUAAAAAAUGGUUAUUGCGUAAAAAACAUCAAAUUGAAUUGGCUAGAAAACGUGGCUGGAAAGGUUAUUGGGUAUGUUUAAAAGGUACAACAUUAUUAUUUUAUCCAUGCGAUUCACGUGAAGGUAGAUCUGUUGAAGCAGCACCAAAACAUUUAAUUAUUGUUGAUGGUGCUAUUAUGCAACCAAUACCAGAGCAUCCAAAACGUGAUUAUAUAUUUUGUUUAAGUACAGCAUUCGGUGAUGCAUACCUAUUUCAAGCACCAUGUCAGGUUGAAUUAGAAAAUUGGGUAAAUAGUAUUCAUAGUGCUUGUGCAGCAGCAUUUGCUCGACAUCGUGGUAAAACUGGUACAUUACAUCUGUUACAAGAGGAAAUAUUUCGAUUGGAAAAAGCUAUUGAAUCGGAUCAUAAAUUAAAACAUAUGGCUGAAUUACAGCAAAGUGUUGUUACUGAUCAAGAUACACGUCAUCAAAUUCAAACACAAAUCCUUCAAUGGGAGGAAAAUUUAGAACGUUUACAUUGCGAACAAUUUCGACUUAGAUGUUAUAUGGCCUCAUUGCAAAGUGGUGAACUUCCUAAUCCUAAGUCCCUGUUAACUCAUGUUUCUCGCCCAACUAAAAAUACAUUAAAUAAAUUGGGUGUAUUCACGGUUUCUUCGUUCCAUGCAUUCAUAUGUGCCAGAUCACCAUCUUUGCUUAAUAAUUUAUUAGCUGGACGUGGUGCUACAAAACGUCGUCCACCAUUAUUAUCAAGAUCGAAUAGCGGUUCAAGUAGAAGAUCAAUGCAGAUGAGCUCACGUGAUGAACCUGAAAAAACUUUCAAAGUAGCUAUGCCGGAUAAUAGUUAUGCGACAGUUUAUCUUCGUGAUGCGAUGUCAGUUGAAGAAUUUUUGGCAAAUGCAUGUGCCAGAAAAAAUUUAAAUCCAAUGGAACAUUUUGUUAGAGUUAAAAAACGACGUGACAUGGAGGACCACAAUUAUUUUGUACCACAUCGAAAUGAUUUGAUUGAAAAUUAUUUACACAAUCAUGAAUUUGUUGAAGUUUGUAUGAAAAUAUUAUAUCAAGUUGAAUUACAACGUACAACAUUAGAACAAAUGUGGGGUUUCUCAGUUGAAGCUGAAUUAAUUGAAAAUGCUGAACGACAAGAUGAACUUUGCUGUUAUGUUAGUCGUGUUGAAGAUAAAAGUGUAGCUAUGCAUAAUGGUAUUAUCAAAGGAGAUGAAAUAAUGGUUAUCAAUGGUGCAAUUGUUUCUGAUUUGGAUAUGAUGUAUUUAGAAAGUGUAUUACAAGAGGAACAAUCAUUAUCUAUGAUGAUGCGGUCAUCACGUACAGAACCACCAGAAUUGGUUGGUAUUAUGCGUGUUACAGAUGAUAUGAUUGAUUCACUUGUAUGUCCACCACCACCAUCAGAUCCACCAAUAAUGAGUGAAGAAAUGAUAUCAGGUUUAAUUGUACCAGCACCUGGUUGGAACUCACCCGACUUCAAUACGCUUUGUUAUAUACGCUUUUCUAAUAAUUCUAAUUCUUUCCUUAAAUGGGCAUUUGGUAAAGAUAUGUAUUCACCUGAAGCAGAAAGUUCUCCAGCUCCAUCAUCAGUUGAACCACAGGUGACUAGCACUCAGGGUACUAAACAAACUUCAAGGACUAACAGCUUUGAAAUUGAGAAUCUUCUUAAAACAGCUGAACAGGUGACUGGUUUCUGUCGUUCACCACAGGAGACAAGAAAAUCUAGCCCAACUGGUUCUGUGGCAUCAUCGGUUUCAAAUGCAAUGCUAACGCCUUCAAGACAAUUAACAGAUGCUGAAAAAUUACGUAAAGUUAUUUUAGAAUUGGUUGAUACAGAACGAACAUAUGUUAAGCAUUUAAAUAAUGUCAUGGAACAUUAUUUAGAACCAUUAAAACGUGAGACAUUCCUAUCAAAUGCAGAAAUUACAGCUUUAUUUGGUAAUAUACAGGAAAUUUUCACAUUCCAAAGGCAAUUCUUACAAAAUUUGGAAGAAGCACUUGAAUUAGAACCUGAUUUUCAUAAAUUUGAACAUUCAAGUCAAUUUAAGAAUGUCCUUUUUGCUAUCGGAUCUGCUUUUCUGUAUUAUGUUAAUCAUUUUAAAUUAUAUUCAUCAUUUUGUGCUAGUCAUAGUAAAGCACAAAAAGUUUUACAUCCAAAUGAAGGUAAUCAGGCAUUACAAGAAUUUCUAGCAGCUAGAAAUCCGAAACAACAGCAUAGUUGUACAUUGGAAUCAUAUUUGAUAAAACCAAUUCAAAGGAUACUAAAAUAUCCGUUAUUACUACAGCAAUUGAGAAAUUUAACUGAUUCUCGUGCUGAAGAACAUUUGCAUUUAGUAGAAGCCCUAAAAGGUAUGGAAAAGGUAGCUGAACAUAUUAAUGAAAUGCAACGAAUUCAUGAAGAAUAUGGUGCUAUAUUUGAUCAUUUAUUCCGACAACAUCAAAAAUCAUGUAAACAACCUAUUGAUCUUAGUCCAGGUGAUCUUUUAUAUUAUGGUGGUGUUGAGUGGUUAAAUAUAUCAGAUUUCUUGGGUAAAAUCAAAAAAGGUUUAGAAUUACAUGCAAUGUGCUUUGUAUUUAAAUCAGCGGUUGUGUUCCUUUGUAAAGAACGUUUAAGACAAAAGAAAAAAUUAAUGGGCGUAUCGAGUAAAAACGCUCCAAAUGAAGUUGAAAUAAUACGUUAUCAAGUUUUAAUACCAGUUACUGAAGUUCAAGUUCGUGCAUCAUCAGCUAAAGAUAUGGAUUCACAUUUUCUAUGGGAAUUGAUACAUUUACGUUCACAAUUACAACGUCGUUCUGAAAAAGUUUAUGUAUUAUCAAAUAGUACAGCUGAUUUUCGUAAUGCAUUCUUAAAAACGAUACGUCAAAUAAUACGUGAAAGUGUUAGAAAUAUGUCAAUUCCAAUGAAAUCAUUUGGUGGUAGUGUAAGUUCGGUAUCAGGUAUGGGUACACAAAGUUCGGGUUCUGGUAAUUCACAAACAUUAGAGCGACCUAAACAACAGAUUACAAUUAUACAAGGGUCUCAAACAUUGGGUAAAACAAAGAAAAAAUCUGGUUCUCAAAGACAUUCAGCUGGUAAUAUCGAUUAUGACAAUCUAUCAGGAAGUCAAGAAGCUGAUGAUGUUCCUCAAACUACUACAUUUAGAAGUAGAAGUAAAACUGUUGGUGAUGCUGCUGAUGCUCCGCCAAAACAUAUUCAUGUUAUUGAACAACAAGAUCGUUCGGAUCCUGGUACAAAAUCGGAAGGUGAGGAAGAUUCACAACAUGGUACUAUUAAAACUAAAGCAACUUUAGGGAAAACACCAAAUCACUUAACAUUAAGCACAACAUCAACAUUAUCAGUUGGAAGUACUGGUAGCCAGGCGCGAUUGAUACAAUCAUCUCAUCCACCAUCAACUUAUCAACCAGUUUUAAUGAAAGAUUUAGGUAAGCAAAGAUCAUCACCUUCAAUAUUAACUUCAACAGCAACUAAACAUAGCAGUACAUGUAGUCAUAGUCAAUAUAAUAAUAACAAUAAUAAUCAUAUUAAUAAUAAUAUAAAUGGUAGUAGUGAUAAUGGUAGUCGAAUUAUAAAAUCACCUAAACAGUCACCAACACAAGAUAUUCAAAUAAUUGAAAUAUUUAGUCAAGCAGAAGAUGAACUUAGUAAUAAUACAGUUAAAUUAGUUAAAAAUGGUGAUGAAGAGCAAUCAAAUCGUUUUAUGGAUAAACAAUUAAGUGAUUUAGAAAGAGAAAAUUUAACUGAAACCGUUGAUAUUGCCGAAUAUAUGGCAGAUUUAAGACAAAAAACUUUAGAAUCACAAGAGUUACAUGAUUUAAAAAUAGCUAAUGGUGAAGAAUCACCAAACCAACAAGUAAUGGAUUCAAGUUUAUCACCAGAACCUGAAACUGUAGUUGAAAGCACAGUUGCUGCUUGCCAAACUACAAUAGUUGCAGAAAUUUCAUCACCACCUCGUAGUGGUGGUGUAAUUAAUACAACUAUGGAUAGCGAUACUAGCAGCGAUCGUGGUAUCGGCUCUGCUUCAGGUACUUGUACAGAAAAAUCAGAAGAUUCUGAAGAAGGUGGACAUCAUAUUAUAUCACGUAGUAGUCCACCAAUAGUGAUUGAUAAAAAAGUUGAUAAAGUAUUUAAAUCAAAAUCAUCUAGUGAUAAGUCAAGUAAAUCUAGUAAUGGUAGUAAUGGUAGUAAUAAUAAGAAAGGGACUAAAUCACCUCGCCAAAGUAUUUAUGUAUCUCCUGAUCGUUCGAAAUCUCAAGGUAGUAGUCCAAUAAGAAUAAUUAAAGUAAAAUCUCCUCGUGCUAGUAUAGAUCAAGGUAAACAACAUCAACGUUUAAGUUUAAGUCGCGAUAGUUCACAAGAUCGUUUAUCAGCUGGUAGACGUACUCCAAGUCCACGCCGGCAAUCCGAAAGUGGUUCGGGUAUACUAAAACGUAGCCAAAGUCCUUGUAAUAUUAUUAAUCAAUCCGUUAGCAUUUUGAAACCAUCUUCAAGCCCACAUAAAGGUCGUUCACCAGAUCGAAGUUGUUUAAAGAAACAAUUGCACGCACCUUCUUUAUCCUCUCAUGAAUGUAGCAUUGAAUCACGUAGUUCACCGCACUUAUCCCCCCGGAGUAGUAUUGAACAUUUAUCACCAGAUCGUAGUGGUCAAUGUAGUAGACACCUUUCGCCACGUAGCAGUUUUGAUAAUCGUAAUUACUACGAUAAUCAAAUUCUUGAAGCUCAUCAUUGUCCACUGCGUUGUAGCCCUCGCGGUAGCUUUGAAUCCCGUUCACCUGAACGUAAUGGUAGAAAACGUAGCGCUAGCGCUCAUGGUAAUAUUGAUACACAAAAAAUUACUGUAAGUAGUAGCAUCGAACCAUAUUAUCACUAUUAUCCUAUAUAUGAUAAUCGUACGUCAAGUGAUCAUUAUGUUGCAAUACGUACUGGAUCUGGUAGCUCACAUCAUAUUAACGGAAGUAAUGAUAAUGGUAAACAACGUUUAAGUAAAUCACUUGAACGUUCUACCUCACGCGAAAGUACAACAAGCAGUUCCUGCUAUCGUUAUGGUAUUUCACCGGAACGUAUUUAUACAAUUAAUACAUUCGAACAACAACAACAAGUCGGACCUAUCCGUUCUAAGUCAGCUGAAAAUCCAUUCGCAAGUUAUCAUAGUGCAAUGGGCGGUUAUGAAUCGUCUGGAUCACGUUGUACUGAUACUAUACAUCGUGCUAUGGAAAAUCAAGCAUGCGUUGAAUGUCUUUAUCAACGCAAACCCUCCUAGCAGAGAGCCCGCGUACGACAAAGUCGUACGCGGAGAAAAGUACCACGCGGAUUAUCAAAUUCAUCGGCUGAGAGUUUUGAAACUGGUUCAUUUGAUAUGGGUGGUGGCGGUGGUAACGGGACAUGUGCUAGUGGUCAUGGCGGUGGUGGUCACCAAAGACGUCCAAGUGGUGGUUGUAUUGACUGUCAUGAUUUUUAUGAAAUACAUUGUUAAAAUUUUAAUCUUCAUUUCUAAGUCUUUAGUUUUACUUCCGCUUUGUAAACCCUUAGGGUCCUUGAAACACUCAAAAUAAAAUAUUUUCAUGAACAUAUCCAUCUAUUUAAAUGAUAUUCGAUAAAGUUACAAAAAACUUCAUUGAAAUCCCAUUUAAAUUUUAAUCUUUUCAAUCAAGUUCACCACUCCAAACUCUGUGACCACUCUCUUGAUCCACUUUCAAAAAAUGAAUCGCAAUAUGCACGUACACAUACGCUCUCUAAAAUAAAAUCUUCCUGCACACCUAAAAUAUUUUACACAAUAUUCAAAACUAAUUAAGAAUUUAAAAAAAAGCCAUAUUAAACACAACACUACUAAAAAAUAUCACAAAUACGAUGCUUUCAAAAUUUAAAAAAAGAACCGUUAUCACUCUCAACCACCAAAAGAUAACAUUAAAACAAAAAAGAAACGCUUACAGUUUGCUAAGAGUUUUAUUCCGACAGUUUGAGUUUAGUGUUUAUUUUUUUUUUUUUAAUAAUCGUUGUUAUCUUAAACGUUACCCAAACGCACGUAAAAUUCCCUUGCACAUACAAAUAUGAAAUUAAAGUGAUUGUUAAAGUUGAUUCAAUCGAUAUCUAUAUUUCCUAAAUCUCACAACUUAUAUUAUUAUAAAACAUCGAAAACGUAUCGACUUUUCUUUUAAAAUUCAUAUCCCCAUUAUAUCAUAAAAUUCUCGCGCCUAAAUAAAUUUCUAAAAAAUAAAUAUAUAUUUUUUAUAAAAAUCAAAAGAAAAAAAAAACAAAAAGAAUGCAUAUUUUAUCUUCAACUUUAUUUUUUCAUUUUUCGUUUACUGUAAUACUACAAAACGGAAUGCGUUGAUUAAUAUUUAGCCAAAGCAUAAAAUUUAUUAACUUAACGAAAAAUUAUCGAAGCGAAAUACGAAAAUUUGAAUAUAAAAAAGAACUCAUAGUAAUUAUUUUUAUAUACAAUUUGUAUAACAGUUUUCUAAUUAUAUGUAUAACAGUUUUCUAAUUAUGUGUAUAACAGUUAUAACAAUUUUAAUACUAAUUUUUUUUUUAAGACAAUACCAAACUUUUUAUAUAUUUUUCCUAUUUAUAUAUCAAAUAAUUGUUUUUCUUUCUGCUUUCGUUUUUUUUUUAUUAUACAAAACAAAACUUAUCGUUCAUAAGUAGGUUUCUUAAAACAAUCAAAACCGAUUUAUAUAACAAAUUUUUAAGAUAAUAUGUACUUAUACAUGUUAAUUUUUUUAUAUUCAUAGAAUAUAUUAAAUUUGAGUAAAAU